AUGUCGGAAACAUUCCAUCCAUUUCCCCGUCUCCCCGCGGAGCUGCGACUGGCCAUUUGGAAGCUCGCCCUUCACACCGAAGGCUCGACCCGCCCAUGGGCUCACUUCUUCGGUAUCCUCGUCCCUGAUCAAGAUGAAGACGCCGAUUCUUUGAUGAGCCAGAGUUUGCUACGAAGACGACGGACAUAUGUCCCAUAUGUCCCCACACAUCGCCUCAUUGGACCUCGCUUCAUGACGUCUACCGAGGAUCGCUCCGUCGGCAUCAAGCAGGUACCUGCCUCAUGGACCGUCAAUAAUCCCUCGGCCUAUCUGAUCGACAGCGGCCACUGGCUGACCUGUCGGGAGUCUCUACGUGUGAUAGAACAUAGCGUCAACCACUCCUACUACUACAGGCUACCAAUGCCCUCUCAAAGCGAUGCCCAGAUGUCACAGGACCACCCAGACCGCUUCAUCGUUGUCCACCCACACAAGGAUCUCUUUUGCUUUCAGCCAUAUGACUGGUACAUCUUAUACUUGAAGUGUGGUUUCGCCGAUUUCCUCAUCGUCACCUUUGGCGGCUACGUGGAAAACGCAGCCAUUGAGUACAAUCCGCAGUGGGGCGUUGAUGUGAAAGAGGCCGGGGGAGAUCACGAACAACUCAAGAUAUUCGACGACUUUUUCCACCUCGCCAUUAGCUCGGCUUCACUCACAUAUCUUGAGUCACUCUGGUUCAUCGACUAUCGAAUCAAGCGGCGACACCACGUGCGCACCAAGGAGCAGUCCGAGGCGCCGCUGGGCCAAGUCUUUUACCAGAAUGGACGUCGGUUUGUCGAGCCCUUCGACAAGCGUGUCAAGACCACCUGGAUAGCGGAGAAAUGA